UCGUUCAAAAAACAGAAAAAAGAAACUACAACGGAGAAAAUUCAAAAUAUUAAGGAGAAAAAGAAAGUGUCAUUUGCUAGGGAGGAAACUCAACCGCAGAGACCUCCAAAAAUCAAAUGCCAAGAAAUAUCAUAUAUGAAGUGAUUCACACGUACACCAAACAAACAUAAAUGCCAUAUGCUUUCGCUUCUUCGCCUCUCUUUCCUCUUAUCUCUCUCUCUGCCUGCUCGAAUUCUUUGAAACUGUGAAUUCACAAUAUAAACUGACUGGUUGUUGAGCACAAUAGAAUCCGUCAAUGGUGGCGUUAAAAGCAGGGACAAGGCCACCAUGGGUCGGGUUGGGUGCUGCAGUUUGGGUCCAGAUAGCAUCAGGAAAUGCUUACAUCUUCCCGCUCUACUCUCAUUCCCUGAAAUCAAUUCUGGGUUUGAAUCAGCACCAGCUCACCAUGAUCGGUGUCUUCAACGAUAUCGGCGAGAACGUUGGCCUCCUUCCAGGCUUAGCCUGUGACAAGUUCCCUCCUUGGAUUGUUCUCUUGAUUGGUUCUCUGGCUUGCUUCUCUGGUUAUGGCGUUCUCUGGCUCGCUGUGAGCAGAACUGUGCAGUCCUUUCCUUACUGGUCGUUGUGUCUUGCUCUUUGUGUUGCGGCCAAUAGUAAUGCUUGGUUUAGCACAGCUGUUCUUGUAACCAAUAUGAGAAACUUCCCUCUCAGCCGAGGCACUGUUGCAGGUAUUCUCAAAGGCUAUGUGGGGCUCAGUGCUGCAGUAUUUACAGAAAUUUACAGUGUACUGCUUCAUAGUUCCUCCUCUAAUCUUCUGUUGUUCCUCGCACUUGGGAUUCCUAUGUUAUGUUUCAUUAUGAUGUAUUUUGUUAGGCCAUGUACUCCGGCUUCUGGUGAAGAUUCUGUUGAACAGGGCCAUUUUCUUUUCAUCCAAGCGGCAAGUAUUGUGCUUGGCAUAUAUCUUCUUACAACCACAAUAUUGAGUGAUGCGCUUUCUUUAAGUACUCCUAUUUCCUAUACUUUUGUUUUUAUAAUGAUUCUCCUUCUCAUGGCUCCACUUGCAAUCCCUGUGAAAAUGACCUUGUAUCCCAUGAAAACAAGCAAACUGGGGACAUCAGAUCCAUCAAUUGGGUCUUCAGGCCAUCUGACUCAAGAAGAAGGCAAUGUAGACAAAACUGAACCCCUGCUGACACCAUCUUCAUCAACGUCAAACCUUGGAAGCUUUCGUGAAAAUGAUGAUGGGUCUGAGGUGGCUAUGCUUCUGGCUGAGGGUGAGGGAGCAGUGAAGAAGAAGAGGCGGCCCAAAAGGGGGGAUAAUUUUACCUUUGGUGAAGUUGUAAUGAAGGCAGACUUCUGGCUUCUGUUCUUGGUUUAUUUUGUUGGGGUUGGUUCUGGGGUGACGGUUCUUAAUAAUCUAGCCCAGAUUGGGAUUGCACAAGGCAUGCAUGAUACAAAAAUCUUGCUGUCGCUCUUCAGUUUUUGCAAUUUUGUGGGUCGUCUUGGUGGUGGAGUUGUUUCUGAACAUUUUGUCAGGUCUAGGACAACUCCUCGGACAGUCUGGAUGACAUUGACUCAAAUAAUCAUGAUUGUUACGUAUCUUCUGUUUGCUUCCGCAAUGAACGGCACACUUUAUAUUGCAACUGCAUUGAUCGGUAUUUGCUUUGGAGUGCAAUUUUCUGUCAUGAUUCCCACUGUCUCUGAGCUAUUUGGCCUGAAGAACUUCGGUUUAUUCAGCAAUUUUAUGGCGUUAGGGAAUCCAAUUGGCGCAUUUCUGUUCUCUGGUCUCCUAGCAGGGUAUAUAUAUGAUCACGAGGCAGCAAAACAGCAUGGAAUCGAUCGGAUUGGUUCGGGUCUCUCUUGCUUGGGUCCAAAUUGCUUUAGACUCACCUUUCUGGUUCUGGCUGGUGUCUGUGGUGUGGGUACCAUCUUGAGCGUUAUUCUAACUACCAGGAUAAAGCCUGUUUACCAAAUGCUAUAUUCAGGGGGAUCCUUCAGGCUGCCUCAGAGUACAAAUCAUUGAGAUUAACAUGGUGGGGCACAUAUCUUCUCAGUAGACAUAAUACUGGAGCACCUUUUGAAUAAGGAAAAAUCUGAUUGUAAUCAAUUAUGCGUAUCAAUAUGCGCACCAAUCUAACGUGAUUGGUCAGAAAGUCAGAUUUUAAUGAAAAUGAUACCAAUUUGAAUUUUAAAUAUGAAUGUAACAGUAUUGAUACGCUGAUUAGUAUGUGAAUUCGUUUGUAUGUAACAAAACUCUUUGAAUAAUACUGGCGUCAGUAGGGCAGUGGCUGUUUGAGCACGAAUCAUCAAUCCGACUUUCUUCUAGGCCAUAACAGUCUAUUGUAAACGUAUUCUUGUUGUAAUAUGAAUCUACUUUUUCAUUCUUAUGUAUGAAUAAAAUGCUGCUGGGGUUUCUGUGUA